AUGUGUAAUAGUAGUAUUUGCAAGCUGCUUUCAAUCACUAGUGACGAAUUCCCUCUCUCUCUCUCUCUCUCUCUCUCUCUCAUGACAACUCAGAUUUAUAUAUUGGUUGUUCUUGUUCGAUGGAAUGAGCCAUAUCAAAAACUAGCCACCUGCGAUGCCCAUGGAAUUAUCUUUGUCUGGAUAAAACAUGAAGGACGCUGGUCAGUCGAGUUGAUCAAUGAUCGAAACAGCAAAGUUACUGACUUUGCAUGGUCACAUGAUGGCCGCAUGGCGCUUAUAUGUUACUGGGAUGGAUUUGUGCUGGUGGGCUCUGUUGCUGGGCAAAGGUACUGGUCAUCCAUGCUGAAUUUGGACAAUGCUUCCAUAACCUGUGGAGUAUGGUCUCCUGAUGACCAAAGAGUAAUGUUUGGUACAUCAGACGGACAAAUAAUUGUGAUGAGCUCAACUGGAGCGAUGUUAACUCAGGUGAUGGUUUUGGAAGGGGCAGAGAUUGGUGCUAUGUCUUGGUCCUGUGAAAAGUUCAACAUGGAUGAGGCAGAGGCUAAUAAAAAUGAAAAAUACAACCAUUCUAAUGCAGCCAGUCAACAAACGUACACAUUGGCCCUGUCAUUCAAGAGGUAUACACUUUCUUCCUCUCUUUGUCUCGCCUUUUUCUUUCCUUCCUUUUCUUCUGUAGACAGCUCGGUUUCCAAACCCGAUUUACUGCAACAGGGAUAUACACUUUCUUCCUCUCUUUGGUUUUCUUCUUUCUUUCCUUCUCCUUCUUUACCCAAUUCAGCUUAUAACAGAGGUAUACACUUUCUUCUCUGGUUUUCCUUUUUCUUUCUUUACACAAUUCGACUUGUAACAGAGGUAUACACUUUCUUCCUCUCUGGAUAUCUGUUUUCUUCUCUUUACACAAUUCAACUUGUAACAGAGGUAUACACUUUUUUCCUCUCUGAAUAUCCGUUUUCUUUUCUUUACACAAUUCAACUUGUAACAGAGGUAUAUACUUUCUUCUCUGGUUUCUCCUUUUUAUUUAAACACAGACUGAAGCAUAUAAAGUUCUCUGCGUCAUCAAUUUGGGGUUAUCGAACAGGAAUACUUCUUGUCUGGAGUUGCCUGGGUUAA